UAAAGCGUUUAAAUUCCACAGUUACGAAAGAGGGGAAAAGAUUAAUAAAAAAUGUCAGCUUGGCAAUUCAUCAAACACUUUCCGUGCACGAAUCUCUCCCGCCAUAUCCUCAGAGUAAAACCUCGCCGCUGCUUCACUUCCUCUACUCCUCCCUCCUCCUUUUCAGUCACCGCGUGUCUCUCUACAUCUUCCUCAUCUGAGUCCUUCGCUGAUGCACCUUACCUCUCAGUUCGUAUCCACUGUCCUAAACAUGUCGUCGAUCCUUUCUCGGAGGCGUUGUUGUGUUUUGGAGCGAGCUCAGUAGCUGUAGAUGAAGGCGACGACGACGAAGAAGAUGAAGAUGUGACUUCUGGGUCUUCUCUUGCUUCCAAAGAGAUAUGUAUAGAAUCAAUAUUUCCUGUGAACGAGGAAGUGAAAAUGUGCAUUUCACAGGCUGCAAACUCCAUUGGCUUGAAGGAGAUACCGAAAUUCAAAGUUGAAAUGGGUGAUGAACAGGACUGGGUUAGCAAGAACCAGGAAUCGUUUCAGCCUAUUGAAAUCGCCGAGAGGCUUUGGAUCGUACCUGAGUGGACUUCCCCUCCUGUCGCUGAAGGAGUAAACAUAAUUCUGAAUCCUGGACUUGCGUUUGGGACUGGAGAACAUCCCACGACUAAGCUGUGUCUACUGCUUCUACAAAGUUUGAUAAAAGGCGGAGAGGCAUUCCUAGACUACGGUACUGGUUCAGGAAUACUUGCAAUCGCAGCCCUCAAGUUUGGUGCUGCAUCAUCUGCUGGUGUUGAUAUUGAUCCACUGGCAAUUAAAUCUGCUAGUCACAAUGCAGCUCUGAACAACAUUCCAUUGGAGAAACUGGAGCUGCACCUUGCACCAAGUGAUAAUAGAGAGAUGCCAUUGCGAAAAGAACAGUUUGAUGUGGUCAUUGCAAACAUACUCCUGAACCCGGUUAUGGAACUGGCGGAUCAUAUCCUUUCAUUUGCGAAACCCGGGGCAACCAUAGGCAUUUCUGGUAUCCUCUCUGAACAGCUUUCAAGUGUAAAAGAACGGUACUCUCCCUUAUUGGAGGACAUAUCUGUGGCCACAAUAGGUGAUUGGGUUUGCAUGGGCGGUACCAAGAGAAGGAGUUGAUUGAUAACUGAUCAGAAAAGAGGCUAUAACAUAAAAGCAUUAGAAAAGAAAUUGUGAUAACAAAAAAAUGCAUAAUGAUCAGAGAGCCUAGUGGAGUUGUGUAAGAGGCUACAACUACAUUUGACAUUGAAACUUAAUGUACUCUUCAUUGUUGGAUUCAAAAGAUUCAAGUCUGAUAAUUUAAAAUUGGUGUUGUCAC